AUGGUUCGGCUGCCAAGGGCCCUAGAAUAUGGCUGGGCUAAUUGCCACCUGGGCUGUGUCCUCUGGCAGAAGAACCUACAAGAAAAAUUCUCCGGAGUCAGGGUGAGUGUCCGGACCCCACCCCGACUCCUGGACCUGGCGGGAACCAGCCUGCUGAGGGACAACGAGGCCUCGGCCGUCACUGCUCUGGAGUAUCUGCCCACCGAGCUCUUCCCGCCUCUGUUCGUGGAGGCCUUCUAUGGGAGACACGGCGAGACCCUGAAGGCCCUGGUGCAAGCCUGGCCCUUUGUCCGUCUGCCUCUGGGGGGCCUGAUGCACAUGCCUCAUGCAGGGACCUUCCAGGCAGUGCUGGAUGGGCUCUAUGUCCUGCUGGUCCAGAAGGCUCCCCCCAGGUGAAGGUGCAAACUGCAGGUCCUGGAUUUACAGAACACUGGCCAGGACUUCUGGAGCAUGUGGUCUGGAGCCAGGGACCAUGUGUGCCCAAGUUCACCCAUGGCAUCCCUGGCUGAGGACGUUUCAAGGACAGAGCAGCCCUUGGCUCCCUUGGAGGUGAUCACAGAACUUUGCCUCAAGGAAAGGACCCUGGAUGGAUUCCUCACCUGCCUCCUGAGGUGGGCGGAGCAGAGGAGAGAUUCCGUACACCUGUGCUGUAGGAAGCUGGGGACGCUUUCAGUGCCCUUGGGGAACACGAUGAAGGCCCAGAGUCCGGCGCAGCUGGACUGUAUCCAGGUGGUGGAAGUGAAUUCUGAGUGGCAGCUGUUCCCCCCGGGCGUGUUCGCUCCUCUCCUGGGCCAGACGACGAACAUGCAGAGACUCCACGUGUCUGUCUCUGAGGAGCAGGAGCUGCAACGUGUUGUCCAGUUUACCUCUCAGAUCCUCAGGCUGCACCACCUCUGGGAUCCCCAUCUGGAAUCUCCGUUUUCCCUCGAAGGCCGCCUGGACCAGAUGCUCAGGUGCCUGAUGACCCCCUUAGACAGCCUGGCAAUAAGUCACUGCUUCCUGGAGGAAUCAGACUGGGCCCACCUGUCCCGGUGCCCGAACAUCAGUCAGCUCAAGGCCCUGGAUCUGCCGGACUUCAACCCUGAGCCGCUCCAAGUUCUGCUGGAGAAAGUUGCAGCCACCCUCCAGGAAUUGAACUUGAAUCAGUGUGGGGUCAUGGACCCCCAACUCGAGACCGUCCUGCCUGCCCUGAGCCGCUGCUCCCAGCUCAGCGCCUUCAGCCUGUGUGGGAGCCCCGUUUCCCCGGCCGUCAUGGAGAAGCUGCCGAGUCACAUCGCCAGGCUGCCCAGUUUGAGUCAGGAGGGGUCCCCUGCCCCUCGGGAGACUUACAGCUGUGCUGGAGUUCCCCUCAGAGGGAGACUUACCCGGCUGCAGGCUGAGCUGCUGGAGAUUCUGAGAGACCUGGGACGUCCCAGGACCAUCUGGCUUAACUCCAUCCCCUGGGCUCCCUGGUGCUAUAGGGAAUUCUCGCACACAGAAAUCAUUGAAUACCCCCACCUAGUUGGUUGCAUCUGUCAAAAGUUUUCUUCUGGGUGCUUGGAAACUGAAAUCUAG